GCCAGUGAGGGUGACCAUGGCGGGGCCGGGUCUGCCCGGGGCGGGGAUCAGGGAAGCGGAGGCAGAUCCGGGCCCGCGACCAAGGCCCCCCACCCGCCCGGCCCCCGCUCCCCGGCCCGGGCCCAGCCUCCGCCCCCGGAGCCGCCGCCCGGCGGGACCCCUGCUGUGGGCGGGGCCUGGCGCUGCCGGCGCUGAUUGGGCACUGGGCGGAGGGGGCGGGAACACGGGGAGGGGCCGGGCGCUGAUUGGGUGCCGGGCCGGACGAGGCGAGGAGCGGCGGCCAUGGCGGGCGCGGCGCUGUCUCGGGUGGCGGACGUGCAGAUCGAUGGCGACGGCGUCUUCAAGUACGUGCUGCUGCGGGUGCGCGGGGCCGGUGCGCCCGCCAAGGACGUCGUGCGAGGCCACGGCUGGGCCGAGUACCACGCCGACUUGUUCGAGCGCACUGCGGAGGAGCUGGCGCGGCACGGCCUGAGCUGCGAGUGCCUGGGCGGCGGCCGCGUCUCCCACCGGCCCGAAGAGAGGAAGAUCCACGUCUACGGGUACUCGGUGGGCUUUGGACGAGCUGACCAUGCUGUGACCACAGAGAAGCUGAAGGCCGAGUAUCCCGACUACGAGAUCACCUGGGCAGAUGAAGGGUACUGACUCCUCUGUCUGUGGUGCCAGCCCGGAGCUGGCACGGCUGCAUGCGGCGCCGGGGCGGUGGCAGCGGGCUCCCCGUGCUCGGCGGUGCUCCAGGCUCUCCUGAUUUUCCUCUGUGUUGAACUCGCCCAUUCUCCGCCAUCACCGGACUGUCCCCGUGCCGGGUGCUCCCACCUCCCUGGCAUGGCAAAGCUGGUGAAGCCAGUGGUUGCUCUGCCCCGGCCUCCUGGUGCCAGGGGCUCAUCCCACGUGUAUCUGUGAGAAUUAAAGUUGUUGGGGGAGCACA